AUGACAAGUGCUAGCAAUAUUUAUGAUGUUAUUGUGGUUGGAGCCGGUGUUGUUGGACCUACUAUAGCAACAGCACUUGCGAGACAAGGCAGACGGGUUUUGAUCAUCGAGAGAGAUUGGUCGACGCCUGAUAGAAUCGUAGGAGAGUUAAUGCAGCCUGGAGGAAUAAAGGCAUUAAAGGAACUUGGAAUGAUUAAGGCUAUUAACAAUAUCGAAGCUAUUCAUGUUGAUGGGUAUUACGUCAAAUAUGGUGAUCAAGUAGUUCGAUUAGACUACCCAGAUAAGCAGGAUGCAAUGAAAACGAACUCUGUUAAGUCAGUACCAGACUGUGUAUUUGACGGUAACGACAAGAUGGCGAGCGAUUAUACAUUGAGUUCGAAAGACUGGGAUGAAGACGAGCGUGUUCGGGGUGUAGCGUUUCACAAUGGAGAAUUUUUAAUGAAUUUAAGAUCGAUGGUUAAAAGUGAACCUAACGUGACAUGGGUUGAAGGAACAGCCACCAAGAUACUUCGGGAUGAAGAAAAUCCUAGCAUAGUUACAGGAGUUGAGGUCAAGCAAAACCAGGCAAAAAAGACAUAUACAGCUAAGUUAACUAUAAGUUGCGAUGGGAUAUAUUCGAAAUUCAGAAAAGAACUUUCGGCCGAAAAUGUACCUAUAAUAGGAUCCUAUUUCGUUGGGUUGAAGCUUAUUGAUGCUAAAUUACCUAUGGUCAACCGGGGACAUGUCAUAUUAGGAUCGCAUGCGCCAAUUUUGAUAUACCAAAUAUCACCACACGAAACAAGAAUAUUAUGUGCUUACAGAUCCACGAAGCCUCCUUCUCAGACGAGCGACGAGUUAUACAAUUACCUUCGUGACGAAGUAUUGCCUGCAUUACCAAAAGAAACUCAACCUUCGUUUGAAAAGGCCUUGGAGACUAGAAAAUUCAGAGCGAUGCCUAAUCAAUAUUUACCUGCAGUAAAACAAGGAAAAGAGACUAAGGGCUUAGUUAUGUUAGGCGAUUCUCUCAACAUGAGACAUCCUUUAACUGGAGGAGGUAUGACUGUCGGCUUAAAUGACAGUGUGUUGCUCGCAAAAUUAUUGCAUCCAAGGUACAUAGAAGACUUCGAUAACCACGAACUUCUAGGCAAACAACUAAGCACUUUCCAUAGAAAACGUAAGAAUCUCGAUGCUGUGCUUAAUACUUUAUCUAUAGCCUUGUACACAUUGUUUGCGGCCGACAGAAAUGCUUUAUUGAUUUUACAAAGAGGCUGCUUCAAGUAUUUCCUCCUCGGAGGUGACUGCGUUUCCGGCCCAAUUGGCUUGUUAUCAGGAAUCCUACCAUUCCCCAUGUUAUUAUUCAACCAUUUCUUCAGUGUGGCCUUCUAUGCAAUUUACUGCAACUUUAUAGACAGAGGCCUCAUUGGAUUCCCUCUAGCCUUGCUUGAAGCAUUUGAUACCAUUUUCACUGCGAUAAUUGUUUUCACACCGUAUUUGUGGAAAGAAUUGGUUUACUAG